AUGUCAAAUCCCCCACCUCAACCAACAGGUCAGGCCCCGCCUAGCGCCUCAUAUUCGGGGCAGCCACAGUCGGCAGGUGGUGCACCUGCUCCCUCACAGCCGGCGACGACCAGCACCCCAUCAGCACAGAACCUCAAUCAGAUUGUUACCGACUAUCUGAAGAAAAAGGGUUUCACCAAAACUGAGGCUGUCUUUCGCAUCGAGACUGCCCAUCUCGGUCCAGAUGGGAGACCAGCAAACCGAGGCCAAGAUCCCGCCGACCCAAAGAGGUACCUCAAGGCGUUCAUUCUCAUCAAGAACUGGAUCGACAACAACUUGGACAUCUACAAGUUUGAGCUUGAGAAGCUUCUGUGGCCCAUCUUCGUCUACUCCUACCUGGAGCUUGUUGGCCAGGGCUACCAUGAGGAUUCAAAAACUUAUCUUGCGACUCUCCGGCCACACUUUGAGACAGUUCACCAUGACACACUGAGGUUGCUCAGCACUGUCACCCUGCCACAGCACAUGAACGAGGACCCCACGAUCAAGUUGUAUAAGGAGAACAAAUACCGGAUUCCGCUGAACAACACUCUGACCCUCAACCUGUUUCAGUUCCUCCAGCGCGACUCCGAUUCGGGCGGAAGCACCCUCAUCUACAUUCUUCAAACCUUCUGCGCAAUCGACAACAGCUCACGUGGUCCGAUCGAGCCUUAUAGUUUCGAGGCCGUUUACCGUCGGACCCAAAACCGUGAGUUGGACGAGAUUGACGCGCAAGAGGGCAUUCCCGGCGUCUUCACUGGCGUUGCGAAUCGCGACGUCCUCGACAACACAGCCAAGUUGAAACUAGGCCCAUUGCCUAUGGAACCCGAGCUCAGAGAUGACGUUCGCAUUGAACUUGAGGAAGAAGACCAGUCGCACCCACCGGUGGACGGCCGACCCAGCUUGGUCGAAGUGUUUGACAAACGCAUCAAGCAAGAAGAGGGUGACGACGUUCCAUCGCGAGCUGACCUACCUCUCCCACAAUCGCGAGCCAGGGAUGUCGUCAUGGAGAUGCAAAAGGUGCGCGAGAACCGCGACAGGUUCCUGAUUGAGGGUCGUACUGGGGGAGUUGGAGUGCCUGUGUCAGUUUGCAUGUUUACCUUUCAUAACACGCUCGGAAACGUCUCAUGCAUGGAAUUCUCCAACGAUCACCAGCUAGUUGCUGUGGGCACCUCUGAUUCCUACAUUCGCGUCUGGGAUCUGGAGGGCAAACCGCUUCGGACAACGCUGGACAAUGAAAAAGACCUCAAGGUCAACAAUAGGAAGCUGAUUGGCCAUUCGGGUCCUGUCUUUGGUAUCUCCUUCUCAGAUUCCACCGCUUCCCUUGACCGGAAUCCCUACCUUGAAGGGUCCGGGAAGCCGGUAGACACCAGCGCGAAGCUGUUGCUGUCUUGUUCUAUGGAUGGUCAGGUUCGCCUGUGGUCACUCGAAUCCUGGUCUUGCCUCUGCAUCUACAGGUCUCACGACGGUCCUAUUUUUCGCGUGCUUUGGGGUCCACAUGGACACUACUUUGCCACGGCCGGAUGGGACAAGACGGUCCGUAUCUUCACCCAAGAUCAUGCUUCGGCUCAGCGCAUUAUGGUCGGCCAUGACACCCCGAUCUCGGCCAUUGCGUGGCAUCCCAACGGAACAUAUGUCUUCUCGGCCUCUGACGAAACUGACAAGUCGAUUCGGAUGUGGUCUCUCACAACUGGCGGCUGCGUUAGAAUUUAUACCGGACAUGCCGACUACAUCAGCGCCUUGCAGUGUGCUCCCAACGGAAAGAUUCUUGCCAGCGCCGACACAGGUGGCAAUAUUUUCCUUUGGGAUAUCGAGAAGAGCAAACGAAUCAAGAGGAUGCGAGGCCACGGGAAGGGCGGCAUCCCAUCUCUCAGUUUCAGUGCCGAGUCGAAUAUUCUCAUCUCUGGCGGGCUUGACGGCACGGUUCGAGUUUGGGAUGUCGAGCUGCCAGCCGACCCCAGCAAGGCGAAUCCCUUAGCCGGCGGCUCAGUCCAGCCAGGUCAACAGCCUGAUGGGAUAACUGUUGCCAGUGACAGCAUUGCGGUGGCGGGGUCUGGUGACAAUCGGUCCAUCACUGUCGGCGGACAGGCUGCUCAGGUUACAGGUGCGAACACCUCUGGGGCUGGUAGUGGGAGUGGUGGUGGAGGUGGAGGUGGGUCUGGCAAGAAGAAGUCGAAGGAGGUUCAGGUUACUCCUGAUCAAAUCAGCGCGUUCCCUACCAAGAAGACUCCGGUCUUGAAGGUGGCGUUUACACGGAUGAACUUGGUGGUGGCUGGAGGAUGCUAUGACCCUGAUCGUUAG